GGUAACGUUUAAACGUUCACGGGAUUCGAAGAAAAAACGUGUCGUGCUUUUUUCUCGUGCAUGGAUAUCGAUCAAACUCCGUACGGAACUUUGGCUCAAUCGGUUCGACGAUAAAUUGAAAUAUAGAAGUUCUCGCUUAUUGUAUUCGAAUUUCUAUCAUGGAAGACUUACGAAAAGAAUUGAUAAAGAGAAUAGUAAAUGAUUGCAAGCAGUACAACGUGCAUACGACUAAAGAUUUUGCUUCCUUUCUGCUCACUUUAUUUCAAUUAAAUCCCAAAUACGAAAUUAAAGAGGACGACGAUGAACACAACAAGGAAAUCGUCGAUGUCAUAGUAGAACGGUUACGCGACCAAGAUUGUCCAUGUUUAACAACGCUAAAAAAUCAACUGUACUUUUCUAAACAUUAUCACGAAAGAGAGGAAACUGUUAAACGGCAUAGACUGCGUUUACAUCAAAAGACGGGACCUAUGGUGGCAGAAAUUUGUGAAACCGAGAAAAUUUCCAACAACACGGAAGCUGAAAAGUUGUAUCAGAAGAUGUUAGUGGUUAUCACUGUAUUGAGUGGUCUUGGAAACCCUACCGUACCACGUGUGCUUCGGGAAGUCUCGGUCGCGCUGCAAAGCGUAUUUCAGCCUUCAGAGUUGGGACAAUACGUAAAAAUGUCGAAAAAGGAAAAGGAAGAGCACUUGAUGGAACUGAUGUGUAUAGUCGCAGGAAUACGUUUGUUCAACAGAGAUUGUCAACGUGGUGGCGAAGGCAUAGACGAUUUACCAGCCAUUCUACAAGAAGCUGUUAAAAAGACUCACGAUUCCAUUAUGACAUUUCUCGAGCAGUUAAUGUCAAAGAUUUAUAAAUUCACUGCAACCGUGGAGAAAGCGUUCUUGAUGAAAGAAAUAAUACCGUACGGUUUCUUUACGAACAAAAAUAUCCAGUGGGCGAAGGAGAUGUUGACCGCGUGUCGGCAACAAGAAAUUUAUGUCAGAAAAUUAUUAAACGACGUGGAACACAGCGAUAAGCAGAUUCAAGACCUGCUGGAAAAACUUCAAGGAAGGUUGCUUAAGCUUCACGACACUGUCAGAUACAGAACCGCUAUCCCCACUGUUCAAGUCUAUCCACAAUUCAUCGAUCUAGCCGACACAUGGAUGGGAUUCCAGGAUGAAGUGAUCAUAUUGAGCAGCAUCAAUAAUUUUCUUUGGGAAUUACAAAGUCUCGGCACAAGGACCGUAGGUGUCUUCAACGAAACAAUACUGAACAAUAUGCUAGCCAACGAUGAAGUUCUUACGGACGCUGAGAGAUUAGAACGGACUAUGGGCACACUGAUAACCAAAUGCGGUGAAUGCACCCUCUAUUAUCCGAACGAAACGAAAGAUUUUGAAAACAUAAAUCUGGAGUUCUUAGGAUUUUGCGCGUGGACGUUCGUAUGUUGCCGAGGAGCACUGGUCCCGGGAAAUCCGAAUAAUGGAGUUGCUAAAUGGAGAGGGAAAUAUUAUGUCUUCUGUUCGAACUUCGCGGCCGAAAAUUUUGGCAAAGAUCCUGACAAAUGCAUUUACGAAGCCCUCGAUUUUAUACGAAAUAAUUUGGAGUACGUAUACCUGUUUCAAGUAUACAACGACAUUCAAGAUUUGAAAACGCAAAAAGUACCGUCGGAAGAGGGGCCUCAAGUAGUAACUAUUCAACAUCAAAUGGUUCAAACGGAUGUUCACUUACUUCCACCCUUUAUCGACAAGGAUUAUGCCUCAAGUAUUUGGGAACUAAGAAGAAAAGCUUUGCAUUUGGCAAACAUAAGUCGAUGCGCGACGCAUAGCACACAAACAUACAAGUCAAAUUUCCGAUACGGCGUUUAUGUGCAAGCUGCACCUCCUAGAGACAAAGAAAGUCAAACAAGAAGAGAUAAUUACAUGAACACAAAGAAACUGUUAACUUACAUAUUCGGUCUACGAGGACGAUACGACGACAAUCAGCACGUACUAUCCUUCUUGGAAGACGAAUUGGAACACUUAUGACCUUAUGAUUUUACUAGUGCAAAUAACCUAAAUGGAUAGGAUGUAUCAAGGAUUAUCCGCGCGUGAAAAUAAAGCUGCAACGAGCACCGUUAAAAAAAAAUGAAAGCAAUAUCUUUUAAUGACAUUUUCAAAUACAUUCACGGAAUAUCGGGGUAUAAUUCGCACUUUUCCCCUUGUUUAAAAAACAAACUGGUAUUACUUUACUUCAUCAUUCCGUGUACACAUUAAUUUUUGUCGUUAUCCGCGUUGUAAAUGUUUCCCUCCGUCUCGUCGUGGAACGUUGGCAAUUUCUUUUCUUGUUCUUCUUGGUGGCUUCCACUGAUUUAGGCCAGCAUUCGUAUUAAUUUAUAUUCAAAAUACACAAAUUUGUUCCAUAGAUCGAGGCAUGGAUAUAUCUGCAUCAGCAAUAACGUCCUUACCUCGCACCAUGAACCUAACUUAUUCUCUACACUUCAACAUUGCGCAGUGCUGCACAUACUGUGACUUUUUCUUUUAAUAUGCAUACAAUUCAUCGUACCUUCGCUGUAAUACAUUGUCCACUUUGCUUCUUUUAAAUCUUAAAAGUUAGGUCAAUUUUUUUACACCAAGAAACCUAUAUUACGACAAUAAUUAGUAAUUACACGAUAAUACAAUUAAAUUUCGCUUAGUAAUAAUUUCAGUGUAUAAUGUAACUAUUAUACAGAAGAGGUACAGGAUGUUGAUUCUUUUUUCGUAUCGUCCGUCUCUUUAUUUUUAUCGCACUUUUCUUUUUAUUUCUUUUUUAUACUUUUUUUCUUUUGUUUUUACUAACUUUACCUCAUAUUUUCUCUCCUUUUUAUUGACAAAAUCAAUUUUGUCUCUCUAUUACAUCCAUUGUUCAAAAAGUAAAAAUUAAAAGGAUGAAAAUAU